CCGGGGGUGCUUUGAAUGUGUUUUUCCUGCUUCUUGGCAGAAUGGGGUUGGACUGGAUGGUCCACCAGGUCUCUUCCAACUCUAUGUUUCUAUGAUUGUACCCAGGCUCACCAUGAAGAAGUCCCACCGCUUUUGGGUGAUGGUGGUGGUUCUCAUCUGCGUCGUCAUCUACGCCAGCUUUGUCACUCGGCACCAUUCGGAGCCUCCGCCACCCCAUCGGGACAAAGCCGUCAUCCUCAACAAUGGCUCCACAACGAUCCGCCUCGACGGGAGUGUCUACGAGGACUUCUUCCCGCAGCUCCAGCACUACCAGUGCCAUGAGCUGGUCUCCCAGGAGGACCUGUGCCAGAAGGACCUCUCCCCAAAGGGCCCUCCACUGCUCCUCCUGGCCAUCAAGUCCCACCCGGCCUCCCACCAUCGGAGGUCCAUCCUACGCCGUACCUGGGCCCAACCGAGAGAGACGGGGGGCUUCCAAUUGAGGCACGUCUUCCUCAUGGCCACGGACCCCCACACUAAACACUCCAACUUGGCGUGGGAGGAGAGCAAAGGCAUCGGAGACAUCCUGAUGUGGGAUUUUGCGGAGUCGCACCACAACCUGGCUCUCAAAGAGCGGUGCUUCCUGCAGUGGGCGCAAAGGCACUGCCAGCAAGCGGCCUUCGUCUUCAAAGGUAAGAGGGGAAGUGGGCGAGGAGGAAAGAAGAAAGGGAAGUGGAAGUGUCCUGGGAAAGCACCAUCACAUUGGGUUGGCAGCCCAGGCGUUGGAGCUUCCUCACUUGAAACAUGAGACCUCAGGAAGGCCCUCAGCCAUUUUUAGCAUUUGGCAUUAGGUACGAAAGCGAGGAGGAGCUGAGGAGCCUUCUAAUCAAGGUGAAAGAAGAAAGCGCCAA